GGAGCGGUCGAACAUGUGCUACCUGGGCGCUACUACAACACUGCUCUCACAAACAAAACGAACUUUCGACUGGUCGGACGUCCCUCAGUUUGAAUCGCAUUCGCAUUCGGACUCAACUUCCGCGUGUUCUCGUGCAACGCAUCCAGCGCGCCAUUCAAAAUACGCGAACGAACCGAAAGAUACUUUCGCAUCCAUUCAGUUUUAGAUUGAGAUUCAGAUUCAGUCGCUUGGCAUUGCUCCGAGAUGCCGGUUCGCGUUUCGCGCUGCCGCCUGCUUUACAAUGAUUCGAUGGUGAAUAAUGCACUCGCGAUGUGUUAAAUCAACGAAAUAUAUAUUCAAUAGCAAAUAAAACAGUCGGAAAUUUUGAAGCAAAAACAAACUCCAUCUACGUAUCAUCAGAAUCUAAAUACCACAGAGAUCUGCCAAAAUGAUGGCGCUCGAUGGCAAGGCGAUAAUUAAGGAGGAGAUUACCGACAAGGACGCCUACGACGCGGCGGCAGCGGCUGCGGCGGCGGUGGCAGCGGGGGCAGCCUUGGCGGCGGCCACCGCAGCAGCUGUCCAGGGGCAGGUGCCGUCCGCGUCAUCGUCGGCGGCGGGAUCAGCGUCGGCGGCAGCCGCGGCAGUCAACAACAACACAACAGCGGCGGCGGCCACAGCGGCAGCAAUUAGUCGCCGGCUUAAAGGUGACAGCAGCGGCGGGGACAAGAGCUCCUCCUCCUCCUCGAGCAGCAAGGACAGCAGCCACACAUCCAGCAGUCGGUGCGAAAGGGACAGGGAGAGGGAGCGGGAGCGGGAGCGGGACAGGCUAUGCCGCACUCCGCCGGACUCUCCGCCGGACAGUUCGCGCAGUCUGGCCCCCCGCUCGCCCCACUCCCCGCUGCAGUUGCACCAGCGGCCGCAGCGCAACGCCAGCGUCUCGCCGGUGGUCAAUGGAUCGUCCGGCGGCGGAGGAGGAGUGGGCUCCUCGGGCACCUCGCCCACGCCCACUCCGGGCGGUCAGCAGCAUGCCGCCUCCCUGGCCGCUGCCGCAGCCGCCGCCGCUGCCGCCGCCCAUGUGGAACAGGCGCGUCUGGUGGCCAAGAUGCGCAAGUUCCUGGGCGCCCUGGUACAGUUCUCCCAGGAACUGGGACAGCCGGAGGUCAGCGAGCGGGUGCGCGCCCUGGUGCUCUCCCUCUGCUGCGGCAGCAUUUCCGUGGAGGAGUUCCGGCUGGCCCUGCAGGAGGCCAUCAACCUGCCCCUGCGUCCCUAUGUGGUGCCGCUGCUGAAGAACAGCAUUGCGCUGGUGCAGCGGGAGGUGCUGGCCUUGGCCCGGGCCACCAACCAGUCCGCCCUGCAGUAUGUGACCAACAACGAGCAGGCGGUGAUGGAGUUUGCCCCGCACGGAGUGGCCAGUGCCGAGUUCGGGGACAUAUUCAUCCAGCUGGAGGCGCCCACUUCCAAUGGCGGCAGUGGGGUCUUCAAGCGCCUCUCCUCCGAUUCCAUGAUGGAGCACGGCGGGCACAAUGGCCUGCAGGAGUGGAGUGAGUACAUGGCGAGUGGGGGAGCUGGCUAUCCACCGCCGCCCAGCAAACGGUUGACCCUGCAUCCCGCCCACUCGGUGGUGGCCUACGGGGACUAUGGAGUUUCAUCCGCGGAGGGAUUGCCCUCGGCAGCGGCCUUCAUGCAAAGGGACGAACGGGAUCUGAGGAUGAGCGAGGCGCAGGCCAGGCACGCUGCUCCGCCACCAAGAGCUGGAAACCCCAACCCGAACCCCAAUGCCAAUCCAAAUGCAGCUGCCCCUGGAGCACCGGGAUCGGGGGGCGAGGAGGAGUGGAAGAACAUUCACACCAUGCUCAACUGCAUCUCCGCGAUGGUGGACAAGACGAAGCGGGCCAUCACGAUCCUCCAGCAGCGGGGCAUCGAGCCGCAGCAUCCCAACAGUGGUCAGGAGGUCACGCCGGCGGCCAUGGCGGAACUGCGUCGCCAGACGGAGGAGAAGGUCGCCGAGUUCAAGCGAAACGCCGAGGAUGCCGUCACACAGGUUAAGCGCCAAGCUGUCAUCGAAAUCCAGAGGGCAGUGGUGGCAGCCGAAACGCGGGCAGCGGAGAUUAUGACCCAGGAACGCUUGCGCAUGGAAAAGUUCUUCAUGGAGAUGAGUCGCCAUUCCAGCGGAGAACGGGAUCUGGACAACAAGUCGCCUUCAAUGCCCAGUUCUCAGAAUGGCAGCAAUCUGCAACAGCAGUGCUGGAAUUGCGGUCGCAAGGCCACGGAAACCUGCUCCGGUUGCAACAUGGCCCGCUAUUGCAGCGCUUCAUGCCAGUACAGGGAUUGGGAUAGUCACCAUCAGGUGUGCGGCAAUUCCCGGGCCAGUGAGCUGAGCGCCAAGCACCUGCACUCGGCCAGCACUCUGCGCAGUGCGAUGGCCACCAGGUCGCCACCCACGCCCAACUCCGCGGCUCAUCUGCAGGCGGCGGCAGCGGCUGCGGCUGCUGCUGCGGGCGCCCGUGAGGCGGUGGGCGCUGCCAGUGGCGGCGGUCCGGUGGGAGGUCCUGUGGCAGGAGUAGCAGGAGUCGGCGGAGGGGCAGGAGGCGGCGGACCCUCUGGACCAGGGGGCGGUGGAGGAGGCGGAGGGGGUGGCGGAGGCGCCUCGGCUGCCGCUGUGGCCGCUGCCACACCAGGUGCUUUGGUGGCCAACGGGUUGGGCUCCAAAUGACGCAUUCGCAUGAUGAAACCCAAGAAGAAGUACUUGUGCUAGUCAAAUUAAAAAGGGGGUGAACCACUAAAAACCAUAUACACACUUACAAUUAUGCAGCUAAUAUAGAGUUAUCCAAAAACCAAAAAACGAGUAAUGUCAGCAUCGUCAUUUAAAGACACAAGAAACUAGAUGAUGCUUAACAUCCAAAAACGCAUAAAUAGAUACAGAUUAAUGUGCAUUUUCACUAGAGUUUAUACAUUUCAAUGUUUCAAGCAGAAAAUCAUUAACGAACGGGUUGAAGGGUAAGAAUCAAAAGGAAUACAUUUCUUAGAGAAAUUAAAGAAAAGAAAAAUGUUUUUGCAACUUAAAUUACUCAAAGAAAUACUUUUUAACGAAUUUAUCCUUCAAUUUCCAACCUGUGACUUAAUAAAUGUACGAAAAUUCCAUUUUACCAUCAGCACUUUCACAAACAGAAAACAUAAAAUGCAUUAAUAUUAUUAACAAUAUGUGCACACUAUUAAAGAUUUCAUAAGCAAGUAAACUCAUUAAAAAAGCAACACUUGAUAAACAGUAAAAUUCUGUAAGUAAGCAACCCAAAGCGAGUAAAAACAAAAAACUGAACAUAGUAGAUUUUAUUAAUACAAUACAGUAUAUUACUACGGAUAUGAUUAUGAGUAUGAUUAUGAUUAUGAUUAUGAUUAUGGCUAAUUUAUUGAAUGAGUUUAAUUUAUUGAUUAGUAUUUAUUGUAUUCUAUAAACUAAAACGUAAAUGUACUUUUAUCAUAAACAAAUACCAAGUAAAUGUUACACCUACAAAACCAAGGCUGCAAGGCUACGACAAAUGAAAAACCCAAGAAAUAAAGUGUUUUAAACCAAACGAAAA